AUGACUUCCACGCUGUGGACCGAAGAUCAGACUGACGAAACAGAUGAUCCACGGGGACUCAAAAGGGGUUUCAUUCAAUUCCAUCAAGAUGUGAAGUUUGAUCAGUCGUACACGUCUACUCACCCGACAUUGGAAGCUUCGUUGGACGAUGAGGAUAAUGAUGAUGAUUUGGAUGAUGAUGAUGAUGAUGAUUAUGAUGAUGAUGAUGAUGAUGAUGAU